GCCGCGUACACGACAUAAUGGGAGUGUGGAAUUCUUCGUAUGAGUGCCGCCCGCCACUGCGCCACCCAUCCACUGGAGCAUAAUGAACACCGACGGGUACGCGCCAGCAAUUUCGACGGCAGCAAGCAAUUGCUUGCGCGUAAGCGGCCGCAACGCCAGGUACUGCAGGCCGGCAGCCGAAGUUCGUUGAUAAACCAGCGCUGGCAAGGUCGGGGAUGGCGCCGUCUUCGAUGCCCAGCCCAAUAAUAGGCAGCCCACGCUGGCGCAUUAGCUUGGUUGUACUCAGCUGCCAUUCCCAUUUGCUGCUGUUGCUCCAGCUUGCGCCGCUUAGCGCUAUCCAGUGUCCGUGGGGCUGUUUGCUGCAAAGCUCAGCAGUGCGCUUUGUUAGCUCACGCUCACUGCGGAUAUGGCUAAUAUCCAGCUCUGCCAGAUACCCCGCGUGCGCAACAGCAGCAACAAAGUCCACGCUGGCCGUUGUGGGGUCCAUUCCGCCGACCAGCACCAUGGGCAUCCCGCUGAGAAGACGGUGCAACUUGGUGUCAAUGUGUAGCUGGGUCUUUGUAGUGUCUGGAGCUCCAUUGUGCAGCAGGCGGGCGGCGUACGACUCUUCCAGUUUGCAGCUGUGCCAGCCAAAUUAUCUGCAGCGGCCAUUAAAGGCCUGCGCAGGAUUGAAGAGCAGUGCCAAUAUUAUUUCAAUGGCAGCAACGCGGUCUGCGCACACCAGCGAUAUGCCGCGGCCCUGGAUGAUCUGGAAUGUGGCCCGGCGGACCAACGCAGUCUCAGAGCUGCCGCUGGUCAUGUCCACAAUGUGCGUCAUGCCUGGGCAGCUGAGCGCAACCGGCCACUCAGCAGGUCUAGUGUACAGAUACUCUGCAAUGACUCGCGUCAGGUUGCUACUCUUGCUGCGGAUAUCCGCGCAGCUACCGUCCGGAGCGCGCACAGAUGUAAUCAUAUCCGUGGCUGCAAACAGCCAGCCCUUGCUUUGCGCAUAGUCCAUGUGCCGAUCAACUACUGGCGCCAUGUGUGCGCUGUGGAAUGCGCCAACCGCAAGAAGCCUUUUGAGCACAACGCAAGGCUUGCGCAAAAUAAACGGCACGUUGUCUUGGUCACCGUCCGCGUCAGUUGCUG